GUGGUCUUAAGGGGCCUCCGUUCCAGGAUCGGAAGCGAGUGCCUCAUGGCACUUAGCCUCCGGGUCCGGGUAACCCGUCGAGGCUCCAGCAGAGGCUCCAGCGGCUCCAGCGGCUCCAGCGAGCCCUCCCUCCCUGUCCCUCCCUCUCCUCCCCGGCCCCCUAUCCUGGGCUGUGGGAACCAAGGUCCCCAUGCACCUGCCCCCCUCUCCGCCCCCCAAGACCGGUCCCCCUGUUUAAAACCCCUCCACCUCACGUCCAACUACCUGUCUCCUCCCGUCGCGCCGCCACCGCUCCACACCGCCCCGCCCCGCCCCUCUCCAGCGCGGCUCCGGGAAGGGGCUCCAGCUCCGGGUUCCAGCUCCAGCAAGCCGGACCACGGACUCGCUCGGCCCGGCCGUCGCCCGUCGCCUCCCUCGGCUCGGCCCCUGCUCGGCCGUGCCGUGCUCCGUCAAGCUCAAGCCGUCUUGUCCGUGGAAUUUGGGCCCGAGAUGUAAUGGCCAUACACUCAGACAUACUGGUGGCCCCGUAAUGAAAAUAAUGCAUCAGGAACAUGGCGUUUCUGUGUCCUGUUCGAAUAGGACGUAGCAAAAAGAAGAAAAGCUCUUCUGAUGUCGAGAAAGAUUUGUCUCGGGGUGGCGGCACUCCCCUGGGGAUGGGACGCAUAACAGGCAGCGCAUCAAUAGAAACUUUAGUAAGAGUUGGAAUUGAAAAAGAAAAUGGUUUAUCUCCUGAUAGCAAAAUGGUUGUGUUACAUGAUUUCACUCCAUGUGUUGACGAUGAGUUAGAAGUAAAGAGAGGACAGGUGGUUAAUGUUUUAUAUCGAGAAAAUGAUUGGGUGUAUGUCAUAGCUGCAGAUACUCGACAAGAAGGCUUUAUACCACAUUCAUAUUGUACAUUGUACAAUUCUCAAUUGGGUGAACUUGCUUUAAAUAAUGUCAAAAAGAAACUGCCUCGAGAAGAAUGUGGGAUGGGUUCUUCAUCAAAUAACAUAUCGUCUGGUUCCAAUGGUGCCACUAAUAUAAACGAUGAAAAUCAAGAUCAUCGAGCUGAUAUAUCUGAUUGUGAGAGUUAUGGGAACAAAAAAACAACUGUUGCCACAUCUGCUCUUCAACUUAAUAUGGCUAGCUCCCAGGCUUCCCUACAUAGUGCUUCUUCUUCUCAACCUGAAGUUCAUCCUUUCCUUAAGGAUCCUUCAGGUCGCUAUAUUGUCCUCUACACAUUCAUUGCAAGAGAUGAAAAUGAUGUCAGUGUGGAACGAGGAGAGUUUGUGACAGUUUUGAAUAGAGAGGAUCCAGAUUGGUACUGGAUUGUUCGAAGUGAUGGACAAGAAGGAUUUGUACCCAGUGGAUUUGUUUAUCCAGCAGAUGUCAUCCAAGGACACUUAAAUCAAAAUACUUCUCCUCAAGCUGCCAAUUACCAUACAUCCCAUGUUACCUCCCAAAGUACAGAUGAUCUCCGAUAUGGGACAGAACUUGUUAUGCUUUAUGAUUACAAGGCUCAAGCACCAGAUGACUUAUCAGUGAGACGGGGAGAUUGGAUUCAUGCUGAUUUAGCAAAUCAGACUGUAGAUGGCUGGCUGUGGGCUUAUGCCCCCAAAACUCGGAAAUAUGGAUUUAUCCCUAAAGCUUAUGCAAGACCACCUGCAAUGACAAGUUUAUAAUUUAUUUUUGGAAGGCUUCUAAUAUUAGGGUAUUCACUUAACUAAAAAUAAAAAAAUAAAUUUUAAAAAAAGAAUAUUUAUAGAGAAAUGAGUGUAAGCAAUUGGUGUUGUAGAAGCAGCUUCUUUAUUGAACUAAAAGUAUUGUAAUUUAAUGCCAUCUAUAUUUUCAUUACUCUAAGUUUUGAUUUACAUGUAGUCUAUUUUUAUUAUUCUCAAGUGGCAUAUUUAGAUCUGCCAUGUCCCUUCUCAAAAUCACCAUACCUACUCUCUGCUUGAGCUGAUCUUAUAACCAACACUAAAAACUAUUGUGAGGAUGUGAGGUGUAAAAACCCUGGUUUUGAGAUAAACUAUUUCAUAUGUUACAUUGUUUUUCUAAUUUUGUGAUGAAUUGUGCUCUUUUAUUAAUCUUUAGUGUCAAUUUAUAUUUUAUUUUAUGAGUGCCAUACUGUUAAUAUUGACUUGUCUGGGUAAAGCCUAUUUCCAUUUUACAAAUCUAUAAACCUGCGUGUACCUCAUGUUUGACUCCAUGUAAAUGUAAAGGAAAUAGGAGAAAACUUUGUAAGUUUCUGAAUAACUCACCCACACGUAAACCUUUCACGUAUUUCAAAUUAUGUGUUGAGACAGGUCUAAGCUGACAGCUGAAAAAUGAGUGAUGAUUCUAGACUAUCAGGAAAUGGCAAACUCUAAAGUGCAUAAUAGAUACUCAUUUGUAGUUCAGUAUUUAAAAGAGGGACCCUACUUUCUAAAUAGGCUGUGUUUGUUUUUUGUUUUUCUGAUUUUUGAAUUCUAAAAUUUGUCCUUAAAGCUUGAGCAUAUGCCAAAAUACAGAACACCAUGUCUGUUCAAUGUAAUCAAAGUGACGCAAAUAUAUCUUAUCACAGCAAUCUGUAGUUGACAAGUUUCAUUAGAGAGAAAUAUUCUGAUGUCAUUAAUUAAUAUGAAAUAAAGACAUUAUUUAUUA